CAGUUAUGAAUAACGGCAUACUCAGAUUUUCUCUCCUUUAGACUCGGAGCGCGCCUCUUUCUAGCUCCUUACACUCUUCCCAGAAAAACCGACCCACCCACAGAAAACUUCAAACUUCAUCGCAGCUGAAAUAAUUAUACUCCCCCAUUUUCAGCCUUCUCGUAUUUAUAUAUAUAAUGGUUAUAGUAAUCAGUUUCACUUUAUAGAUGUUCUAAUUUCUUCUAUGUCUGAGCUCCCAAUCCAUUACAAAUUAAUCAGUACAAAUUCUGGGAACUGGAGAUAUACGUAGAGAAAAUGGCCUGUAAGAAGUUAGGAUCCAAAUCCGAUGUGUUUCACCUGGACGGCCAAGAAUGGUUCACAUCAACAGGCCUUCCUAGUGAUGUCACGGUUGAGGUUGGAGAAACUUCCUUCCAUCUUCACAUGUUCCCACUGUUGUCAAGGAGCAUGUUAUUAGAGAAUCUGAUCCCCCGAGAUUCACCCAAAUAUGGCAAGAGACGUGUUGUCCAUCUUCAUGACAUACCUGGGGGAGCAAAAGCUUUUCUAUUCGUGGCAAAGUUCUGUUACGAUAUCAAGACUGAACUCACAGCCAUGAACGUGGUCACUCUUAGAUGCGCAGCCGAGUAUCUCCAAAUGAGAGAAGAUUAUGGAGAAGGAAACCUCAUCUUCCAGACCGAAAACUUCCUGAUAGAAGUUUUCGGUUCAUGGGAUGACUCACUCAGAGCCGUUGAGGACUGUGAAGGGGUUUUUCACAGUGCAGAUGAGAUCCACCUUGUCUCGAGAUGCAUAGAAUCAUUGGCUAUGAAAGCUUGCGCUGAACCAAGAUCGUUAACUCGUCACAAUAGUCCUACGAGGGCCCUGCCCGAUGCUACUUCCUGGAACGGGUUAGGUUCGGUCUCCAAACCGUCUAACGAACGUGAUCUUAGUGAUGAUUGGUGGUAUAAGGAUGUCUCGGGACUUAAAUUGCAUAUGUAUAAGAGGCUAAUCUUUGCUGUAACUUCAAACGGUAUGGAUCCAAAGAGAAUUGCUGGCUCUGUAAUGUGCUAUGCAAAAAGGUACCUUCCAUUAGAUGGCAGGGCAUCUGUAAAUAUGCCUGUUUCGUCCGAACACGAACAGGUGACUCUUCUAGAAGAGAUUGUAGGGUUACUCCCUGAUCAAAAGGGAAUAAUCCCAACCAAGUUUCUUCUUAAGCUCAUGAGGAUAUCCAUGAUCCUAGGGGCAGACCCAUCUUGCCGGGAUAUACUCGAGAAGAGGAUUGGGUCCCAGCUGGAUAACGCGGCAUUGGAAGAUAUUCUUAUUCCAAGCAUUGGAUACUCGGCUGAGACCUUAUAUGACAUUGAUUGUGUUCAGCGGAUUGUUGAUUAUUUCAUGUUGGGGGAUUCGGAUGAAAGUGAUUCCUCCUCGAAUGAAUUAGUGGAUGAUCAGCAGUUAAUCCCGAACUCUCGUGAACUAACCCCGACAACCAUGGUGGCUAAUCUAGUGGACAACUAUCUCGCUGAGGUCGCACCCGAUGUUAAUUUGAAAUUAACCAAGUUCCUGUCACUUGCUUCCCUCAUCCCAGGCUAUUCCAGACCUUUAGAUGAUGGCAUCUACCGUGCAAUUGAUAUUUACCUCAAGGCACAUCCAUGGCUAACGGACUCAGAAAAAGAGCAACUAUGCAGGCUGAUGAACUGCCAGAAGCUCUCAUUGGAGGCCAGCACGCAUGCUGCACAAAAUGAGAGACUGCCGCUCCGCGUUAUAGUCCAAGUUUUGUUCUUUGAACAGCUUCGCCUGCGUACGUCUGUGUCUGGAUGGUUCUUCGUCACAGAAAACCUUGACAAUUCGCAGGAUCUAAGCAGAAACAUAGGUCCGAGGAUUGAGAGCGGGACUCACGAAAUCUCGGUAAACAACCCGAUUGUUACCGUUGAUGAAAUGAGAACUCGUGUGUCCUCACUGGAGAAGGAAUGCUUGGGCAUGAGACAAGAUAUUCAGAAGCUGGUGAAGAACAAAGGGACCUGGAACAGUAUAUUUAAAAUGCUUGGUUUGAGGCUGAAGACGACAACAAGGUCUGGUGGUGAUCAUCAUCAUCCUAAGACUGUGAAGACGCCUUUGAGUGCCAAAAUGUUUAGGAAUUCUAGAAAGGUGGGUUCAAAUGGAAAGCAAAUAAAGGAUAGUAAUGGUGACAGUGAUAAGAUUAUACAGUCUCAAUCUUGAGAAGGAAUUAUAGAGUAAUAGUAUAUUGUAGUAAUUAUUAUGGGGUAUUCUGUUUUGGCUUACCUGGUCUGUCUCUCCAUUGUGGUAAAUGACCAGAAAUGGAAUAUCAGGUUAUCACAACUUAACCAGUUUUAUGCAUGAGAGAUGUUGAGACUGUAAAUUGUUUUGCAUUCCUAGAGAGAUUGACUAAUAUAUUUACCUGCACACUUUAUCAUAUUCAAGAUUUCAAGGUAAUUAUUUCAAUUCAGGA